CGCUCAAAAGUCGCAUAUACCUCGAUAACGUGACAGCCUGCGGUCUGCCUCCUCAGAGAGAAUAAAGAGCCUCUAGAUUUUAAUGAGACAGAAAGGAGGAGAGAUGCGCCAAGCCGUGGGAAUGCUUUAAAUCCGCUGGAUUGCGCACAAGUAUGCAAAAGAAAAGUCUGUUUGCUCCUACAGAGAUAUUUGUGCCGGAUAAAUUUCAUAUAUGCAGGAAAGUUGUGGGACUUUGAGUUGACUUAAUAUCUAAUGGGAGAACACAAAGUUGGAUUCCUGCUGAUAACUAAAGGGACCGUAACGAGAAAGCGAAUUAAACGAGGAGUUGGUCAUCAUUAGUUGCCAAGGAAAGUUCAAAGAAACACCAGCGGGGUUUGUCAGUUUGAUCUGAAGGCUGCUUUGACUCUGACCUUGGCAGUGAAUCCGCUGUGAAUCUGCGCAUUUUUUAAAAAUCCAAAUGCAGACAUGCAUUUGGGUAAGGCUUUACUGUUUGUCCUCCUCCUCAACUGCGCAACUUUGAGCUCAUCCCUGUCAACUUGUGCCACCGUGGAUAUCGACCAUGUGAAAAGGAAGAGAGUCGAGGCGAUACGAGGUCAGAUCCUGAGCAAACUCCGGCUCACGAGUCCACCGCACUCCCUGGGACCCAGUAAGAUUCCUUAUCAGAUCCAAGCGUUGUAUAACAGCACCAAGGAGCUACUGGAGGAGCUGGGGAGGGACCGGCAGCAGAGUUGCGGUCAGGACAACACAGAGACAGAGUACUAUGCCAAAGAGAUAUACAAAUUCAACAUGGUGUACGGACCCUCAGAGAGCAACGAUCUGGUUUACUGCCCAAAAGGAAUCACCUCUAAGGUUUUCCGCUUCAACGUGUCGGCCAUGGAAAGGAACUCCACCAACCUCUUCAGAGCAGAGUUUCGAGCUCUGAGGGUUCCAAACUCUACUGCCAAGAGGAACGAACAGCGGAUUGAGCUCUACCAGAUUGUCAGGCCAAAUGAGCACAUUAGGAAACAACGCUACAUUGGAGCCAAGAAUGUGCUGACCAAAGGUACUCCAGAAUGGGUCUCCUUCGAUGUGACUGAAACAGUGCGGGAGUGGCUGAUGAACAGAGGAUCUAAUCUGGGUUUGGAAAUCAGUGUGCACUGUCCCUGCCACACCUUCAAUCCAAACGGUGACAUCAUUGACAAUGAAAACGAGGUGCUGGAGGUGAAGUUUAGAGGUGUUGAUGGUGAUGACGAGCACAGUCGCUUGGAUCUGGAUCACCUAAAGAAGAAGAAGGAACAGUAUCUGCCUCAUCUCAUCCUCAUGAUGAUCCCUCCCCAUCGCCUGGACACUCAGUCCACCCGCCGACGCAAGAGAGCGCUGGAUACAAACUACUGUUUCUCAAACACAGAGGAGAGCUGCUGUGUUCGCCGGCUCCACAUCGAUUUCCGGCGUGAUCUGGACUGGAAGUGGAUCCAUGAGCCCAGUGGUUACGACGCCAACUACUGCUCCGGGCCCUGCCCUUAUCUGAGGAGCUCAGACACAACACACAGCUCGCUGCUGAGCCUGUACAACACUCUGAAUCCAGAGGCAUCUGCCUCCCCCUGCUGUGUCCCACAAGACCUGGAACCUCUCACUAUACUCUACUACUCUGGACGAACCCCCAAAGUGGAGCAGCUCUCCAACAUGAUUGUCAAGUCUUGCAAGUGUAGCUGAGAGGACAUGAAGGUGAGGUAGAAUGGCAGGAUUUUACUAGGUACAGACCAAACCCAUGCUCUAUGACUUUUGGACUUGUAGCUGUGACAAAUACUUAAACUGACCCUGUGGCCUCAUGGCUUAGAUCUGAACACCACUCUGGAGGUAACACAUUUUUAAGGAUUGCAGAUUUGCUCAAAAACUUUUUUUGCUCUUGUUUUGUACUUUUCCUCCAACCCAGUCGGUUCUGGAUGACUUGUAGUUUAAAUUUGACUUGCAAACCAAACCUCACCCAAACCAAACUUAGCUGUCCAAUCAAGGAAUGAUCUUGAAAUAGUUCCAUCUGUGUUUGUGAAGGUGGACAACAUAAUCCUACAGCUAGAUUACAGAGAACAGCUAUCUGUGACAAAAGAAAAAAACAACCUGGAGCUGCUUCAUUUACAACGGCUGUAAAUACUUAUUUUGUGGUUUAUUUCUGCAAAUAGUCUCUACGUUUUCAGUAGUGUAGCUGUCUUGUUUCUAGUCUUGGUAUUAUUUUGUUAAUCUUCACAAAUAUAGAUGGAUCUUUCCUGAAUGGUCAAAGAGUCCCUUCAGGCUGGAUUUUUCCUUGAACUUGCCUUAAGUUCCCUUUGCUUCAAACAGUGGGCAUUAUCUUCAAACACAAAAGGAGAAAGGACAGACUUGCUGCUGUAUCCAAAGCCAUAGCUGUGGUCAGGGAAAAGGAGAGCUGAGAGAGAAUGCCUGUUGGAUUUGCAAUGGAAAGUCAAUGAACAAAGAAGUUGAGCCAAGCUUUUCUUUUUUUGGCCAACCAGCAGCAAUGGCCUUUUUUUUUGGUGCAUCUAUUAGAACGGAUGGAAGAAGAAGAAGAAGAGGGGACCUGUGUGGAAGGGAAGAACUGUGAUGGAAACUAGCCAUGAGUACACUGCCAUUCACUGGAAGUUUUCAUCCAUAACAGGUUCAAAUUAUUUUUGGUACAUCAAAGAAUAUACUGGAAAAGAACAAGUCUUACGUAACAGGUUUUUAUGAGAUUUCUUUUACAUUAACAGCAGAUUUAGUCUGUUAUGCAACUUGUCAUAUAGUGAUUGUUUCACUAACUGGGAUGAAAAUCGACAUGUAUGUCCAUUCUCUGUGAUGGAAACAAUUUUAUAUUAAACUAUGGGUACUGCUACGUUUCCUUGUGACUUAGAGAAAAUACGUUUGUUUUCAUUUUUUUGUCCAUGUACAAAUUAGUUUAACCUGUUGUAUGUGAUCCAGAAUAUGUCUGACAAAAAGUCUUGUGUAUUAAAAAGUGACAAACCCCAGAAUGUUAAAUCAGAGCACUUUUCUCCAGCAAUAACAGGAAAUGUAAUUUAAAAUGUUUGCCUGCUUUUUAAUUACACUACUCUCCUAUCAAAUCACCUGUCGUCCGUCAGUCCAGCCAGCUGACAAGGAGUCACGUGUGCAGUCGGGGCUCCGGUGUUCCCAAAAAACACUGCAGUCUUUCAUUCCCUCUGCUCUGUCUCUGUUUGUUUUGGUGCUCUUUUACAGUGCGAAGCCCUAAUGGAACAAAAAAAUGAAGAAGGAGGGGGAAAAAGUCAUAACAUGACAGUGGCUGGAUGUACAGUUAGACCUCAUUUUCUCCGAGUCAGGAGACCGAUUCUGAAUCCCUGUACUGUUUGACGUUCGCCCAGUCAAGAGUCAUCUAGCAUUCGGAUGACAUUUACUGUAGAUGAUAUUUUUUUGUCAGUAAUACUGUUUGACUGACUUGAUUGUUAUUAAAAAAGACAACAUGCAAA